AUGAACAAAGUUUUGAAAUCUCAUAAACACAACAUCUCCGAUAUAAAUGAACUUCAAGCUACAUUAGACAGUAAAGCCGACAAGAACCAUACACAUAAAUCCUUCACUACUGUUAGAGCAGACGACAUAAUAUUGAACUAUACCCUUGGUUCAAAUGCACCAUUAGAGAAUCCAAGUACAAGCGUAAAAGAUACACUAAACAAUUUAGAUAACAGUUGCAGGAAUAUCGAAGAUCAUGCCAGAAACUUUGAAGCAUACGAACUACCAGCAAUGUUAGAUAAGAAAGCCGACAAAACUUAUGUAGAUGAAAAUUAUGCAAAGAAGUCGGAAGUAAAUGCUGCGCUUAAUGGAAAAGCCGAUAAAGAGCACGUGCAUGAAGAAUUUCAAACAAUCAAGAUUAAAGAAAUUAAGGCAUGCAUCGAAAUAGUAACAAAAACAGGAAGAGACGGUGCAACUGUACAAGAACAAAGAAUUUAUCCUCCUACUUUUCCUAAUGGUUUAAUAACAAACAAUAUAAAUAUUGUAGAAGGCAAUAAAACUAUAAACGUUAAACAUGAACUUCUAACAAUGAAGGUCCAGAUUCUUGAAACCAUAUAUCCUAUAGGCUCUAUUUAUACGUCAAUGAACUCAACAAAUCCAGCAAGUGUUUUAGGUUUUGGUACGUGGGAACAGAUUGUAGAUAAAUUCCUCUAUUGUGCGAACUCUUCAAAGCAAACAGGUGGUUCGAAGAAAAUUAAAGAAGCAAACCUUCCACCGCACACUCAUACAGGAACUACAAACUUUUCUGGUGACCAUAGUCACUCAUUAAGAGACCAUCCAUUAUACAACUCAGAAUAUUAUGCUGGCAAUGACGUUUUAUCUCCAGAUUAUAACCAUUCGGCAAAAAAGACUUUUCGACCAACUGAACCAGGAGGAAAUCAUUCACACACUUUCACAACAAAUCCAACAG